CCACAGACCAUCAUGUUCUUCUUUGGCCUUGGAGGCCUUUUCUAUGGUAAAAAUUCCUGCGACUCGAUUGGCAACCAUCAAGAGCUAACACAUGCACCCACUCAGNUCUCCAUCUUGCUGGUCAACGCAAUAGCUAUCCUGUCCGAGGAUCGCUUCCUCGCAAGAAUACAACAAGAGCCCGCGUUCGGCGGUCCUGCAGACAACACCAGCGUCAAGUCAAAAGUCAUCAACCUGAUCGCAUCCNUACCGCUGAUCGUCAUCAACACGCUGAUCAUCGUCUACGAACUCAUAUUGGGAUGA